AAGGGAUAUCCUUGCACAAGUCCAAAUACUUGAACCUGGUGAUGUUGGAUAAGCGGAGCCGACCCAACUCGAUGAAGGGUCCAUCACAAUGUCGAUAUGAGGCGAGAGCUCUAUAAAAAGUACGCUUUCAAACACACGCCUGGUAGGAAUGUCUUUUGCCGGUAAUAAUUCAAUGCGCUCCAAUACCUACGGCUUCGGAAGCAGUCCCUCUUUUCAGGUGGAGUCGAGGACUUGAUGUCUUCAUCAGCGUCAGCAUCUGUGCUUCCCCUUGCGGUGAAGGGAGCAGCGUCAACACGGCGUCGGUCAGCACGGCGGGCUCUGCUCAACUGUUGGAGGGAGAGAGUCCCUACAUAUUAUAAUAAGCAUCAGAUUCUGAAUUCCCGCGUGGCUGUCUCGAAACAGCGGAGGCGCCAGCUGAAGGAGGCCAGGCGCAGUCUCGCCUCCCACUGGCUGGAGCAGAGCAAGGGCUUCGGCUGUGCUCCGUGCCCUCACCACCGUCCAGGUCCCUCUCACUCACACCAAUCUCUCUCUGCUCGUCGCCUCCACUGUCGACCACCACCUUCGCUAUUUCCCCCUCCCCCUCCACCUCUUCCACCCUAUCUGCUUUUCUGUUCGUUGUACUUGGUUUACCGCCCUCUUCUUAUUCCUUCGCCAGCCACUACUUCCGUCGGUCGUGUGCUGCGUGUCCGGACGCACGCAGACGAUUCCCUAUCGCCAGUCGAGCUCCUUUGAGGCCAGCAGGAACUGCAGGAGAUCUCGAUAGCGCUGCCUGCCACCAAGUCAACUACCCAGUCCUCUUACUUCCGUACGUACCCGCCUUUCUGCUCCUCUCUCCAGGA